AUGCCGGAGCAAAAGUUGAAGAUCGAGCAAGUCGUGUUAGCUGAUGAAGCAAAGCGCGUGUCUGAUGCAUUCCACCUGUACCGAGAGAUUGAGAAAUUCGAUGCCUUCAGUGCCAGCGAGCACGAAGCGUUCAUGGGGUUGGCCGAGGCGUACCGCACUGGCCUUUCAGACCCGGUCAGCAUCACAGACGACAGGCAGGCCGCGCAAGCCUUAAAGGGGAAGGCUGAGUUAGACCGUGACUUCUUUGCUGGACUCUCGCAACACAACGCUGACGUCAUAGAGGUCAUAAAGGCCGCUCAACAAUUAAAGUCCAACAAGCUCAGCCGCGAGAUCCAGACCGCCGUGCGACUCCUGCUGCCGGGCGAGCUGGCCAAGCACGCCGUCAGCGAGGGCACCAAGGCCGUCACCAAGUAA